AUGGCAAAUCUUGGUGAAAAUUCCUUAUUAACAGGACUGCUAAGUCCUACAUCUCAAAGAAAUCAAAAAGCUGAUUCAAAGAGAAAAAGAAUUCGCCGGUGUAGAAGUGCUCCAUUGGCUGAAUUAGUUCCUCGUGAACUGGAUGGCAAAAAUGAGGCUACGACGCUUCCUCGUUCUGAAUUCUUUUUGGACAAGCUACAUCCCAGUUUCAAAAGAGUAGCCAUUUUCUUAACAUUCUACUUGGUUGUUGGUACUAUUUGCUUUUCCUUUGUUAUGAAGCAGAUCAAAGGAGAGAAAGUAAAUGUAAUCCUUGAUGCUGUUUACUUUUGCAUUGUCACAAUGACUACUGUUGGAUAUGGAGACCUUGUGCCCAACAGUGUCGCCUCAAAACUGCUAGCCUGUGCUUAUGUGUUCUCAGGGAUGGCUGUAGUUGGUCUAAUGCUUAGCAAAGGCGCAGACUACAUAGCAGAGAAGCAGGAAAUGCUUCUUAUCUAG